GUUGAUGUUUCCCUUAUGACAUUGACCCUUGUCUGGAUGGAAUCUUGGCCGAAUGUGUGAGCAGGCGCAGGGGCUUUCCUUCCUGGCAGGUUUCCUCCAAACAUACUUUGUGCCUGACACCAGGCCUAGAUAUGAUCAUUGUGAGAUCCAGCCAAACUAUACCGAGCGUACUGGGAUCCGAUUUCUGGGGAAUGCGCCCGCCGGCCAGUCUGGACCCUUGACCCCCCGAAUACGCAUUGACUACCAAAGUACGGAGACGACCCCUCCAGCCGCUUGAUCCUAUUCUCUCUGCUGGUGAUGCAGGGAGGGACAGUUUUCUUGGUAUGGCCAUGACUCAAAUGUCCUAUAACAAUAUGCACAUGCCUUUGCAGCCACGAUCUGGCUCGAACGAGGGGAACCGACCUACCGGGGCUGAGCAGUCGCAACAACCGAACAUGACGGCAUCUUUUGGACAACAAUUUGCCAUGCAGGGGCAGCAACAGGGGGGAUAUCAAAAUGUGCAGAACGACCCAGGGUGGACCCAGCGAGUCUUGGAAGAGAUGAAGGACUUGCUUCUCUUGCUAAACGCCCAGGGUCGGAUCACCUACGCGUCGCCCUCCUCGAAGUCGGUCACCGGUCGUCCAGCCAAACAACUCGAGGGCAGUCUCUUUACUCAGUUUAUCCACGAAGACGAUGAGCCGAUCUUCCUGAGAGACAUGGACGAUGCCGUGGCGACAAACAAACCGUUUCGAACGCAUGUGCGAUUACAAAAGUCGAACAGCACAUACUCCCUGGUCGAAACAUAUGGCCACCCACACAUUGCGAAUGAAACCGGGUCACGGGGGAGGAAUAGCACCAGUCAGGAUCGCUGCACAGGCUUCUUUAUCAUGUGUCGACCCUACCCCACAAAGAACUCCCUACUUCUCGACUCGUUCCUCGAACACAAGAUUGAGAAUGCACGCUUGGUACAGCAGAUUGCCAAGCUGAAGCAGGAAGAGGACGAAGACGCAAACCUGUCCCGUCUGUCCUAUCCAAAGAUUGAAGAGAAGUUACUCGAGGCUCAAGCUGCUGCCCAGGGAAGUGGCAGCGAUCAGGAGUCGACCGAGACCGUCGCACCCAACUCCGAUGAGUCUGACGGGGCAGUCGGGGAUUACUUUUCCGAGAAUGCCCCUCGCUCCGAGGGUUUGUCUCAUAUUGAUGGCAUCGAGGUGAUGACCGGUCUAUACUACGGGGAUGGCGAGAGGUCUCAGGGACUCAGUACUGGUCUACGCCGAGGCCGACUGAUUCACUGUGAUAUUGAUAUCACUACUACGGCCGACCAAGCCCGCAAUGUCCAAGAGGGCGAUAGGCGCAAGAGGCUGAAGGGACAGCACGUUUGCAGUGACUGUGGGACGGCCGACUCGCCGGAGUGGAGGAAGGGCCCGAGCGGUCCCAAGACGUUGUGCAAUGCGUGCGGAUUGCGCUGGUCCAAGAAGGAGAAGAAGCGUCAGGAGUCUACUUGAAUUCUUUUCGAUCAAAUUGGUGGUCUUCUUCGAUCGAUGGGAGAAUUUUCUUAUUUAUCUCUUCUCCUCGGCUCAGCUAUUAUACCCCGUCAGCUUACUUUUCUAAUCAGAGGUCAAUUUGUUUCGCUUUCCCUCUCCUCUUCUCGACUUUCCGAAAAUUGCGAGCGGCGUCUUUGCCUUGUUCUUACGAAUCCCUGGUACAUGUGUCAAUAUUCAACAUGAUUAAUGAAUUCAUGACCAACUUGUCCAGGCCCCUUGGUGAUCUAGGAAAAUUUCUGCUGUACAUAUUUGACUAUCUCUCGGGUCUCCCUCUCCUGAUUUAUGGGUGUUUUCCUUUGCGAGUUCCUGUCUAAGCCUAUGGAUUAAUCGAAUGAAUCGCUCGUGCGUCUUGUCUUUUUGAGAUUUUUGCAUUUCUUUCAAUAUUAAGCCAGCGUAGCGGCUGGAAAUAGAGUUCCAUGUUCGAACGCCGUAGAUGAAGGGGGUAUGUACUUGGGCGGUGGAUUUUGCUGAUUCGCCAAACGGGCCAGGAAGGUCAGGGACGAGCAGGGUAGACGAAGAAUCGAGGGCAAACGCCAUCCUGAAAGCUCAAAGGAAAGUAACUGCACAAACAGUAAUAUGGUAUCAUGAGAGGUUGCGUAAAGGCUAGCAACGGAUUGGGUAUGAUCUGGACUUUAUUUCUUGGAUGCCUUCUUAGGGGGAGGUGGGAAGUACAUCGCUGAUCCAGACCCUGGCCCUGUCUGUGGCUCUGCCGUCGGGACUGGUUGAGUUUGUAUCUGGAGCGUAGGUGUGUUCAUAUGGUCCCGCAACGGAAGGUCUGAAGAAGGACUUGCACCACCGAGUCUAUUGAAGCCAGGUGUACGUGCCGUGGUCCGGGGAGUAAAUGGUGCAUGGAGUAUUCCUCCAUGGGUUACGGGGCUUGUGGCGACCAUCGGUGGGUAUCCGGGAGUUCGGGGGAUCAUGCCGUGAUCUUGGCCGACAAAGCCAGGUGUCAUGGGAAUCAUACUGGGUGAUUUCAUGAUUUCCUCCUCGAACUCCUUCUCGAUGCGCUUUUCCUCUCUUUGCUCCAGGACAUCCUCACGUUCUUCCUUGGUGAUGAAGCAAGAGUGGACGAUGACGACGAAUUCCACAAAGUAGAG